UUGAAUCCACAGUAGCUCCAGAACAUCAAAAACAACAUUUCCCAGAGGGCUUCAGGAGCAGAGCCGUGCCAGGUCUGUGCGCACCUGGGUGUGGCUCACGCACGCGCGCACACACACACACACACACGAUCACGCGCGCGGCGCAAAGUUUAUCCGAGAGUGUUUCUGCCGUCCCUCCUUCUUCUCUUCCUCUCUUCUGCUCUGCCGGAUCUCUUUGUCUGCUCUCCGAGUUGCGUCUCGUUCAUCUCAGCUGUAACUUCCAGGCACAACUUUCCUCUCGUGGAAAAAAAACAUCCAAGACUGUCAAAAUGGCCAGCAAAGGAACCGUGAAAGCCAGCGGAAACUUCAACGCCAGCGCGGAUGCUGAGGUCCUGUACAAGGCCAUGAAGGGUCUCGGGACCGAUGAGGAUGCCAUCUUGCAGCUGUUGACUGCUCGAAGCAACGGCCAGAGGCAGGAGAUCAAGACUACCUACAAAACUCUGUUUGGAAAGGAUCUGAUCAACGACCUGAAGGGAGAGCUGGGUGGUAAAUUUGAGACUCUGAUCGUGGCUCUGAUGACCCCACCCCUCGCUUACGAUGUGACAUGCCUCCGUAAUGCCAUCAAGGGGGCAGGAACAGACGAGAAGGUCCUGGUGGAGAUUCUGGCCUCCAGAACUCCCCAGCAGGUGAAGGACAUCGUCGCUGCUUAUAGACAGGAGUACGAUGAUGACCUGGAGGAGGAUAUUGCAGGUGACACCUCAGGUCACUUCAAGAGACUUCUGGUUAUUCUGCUCCAGGCUAACAGGCAGAGGGGGAUCCAGGAGGGAAAUAUACAGAGCGACGCUGAGGUCCUCUUCAAGGCAGGAGAGCAGAAGUUUGGCACUGAUGAACAAACGUUCGUCACCAUCCUGGGCAACCGGAGCGCAGAACAUCUCAGGAGAGUGUUUGAUGCUUACAUGAAGUUGACUGGAUAUGAGAUGGAGGAAAGCAUAAAGAGGGAAACAUCUGGAUGCUUGAGAGACCUGCUUCUUGCAGUGGUGAAGUGUGCCAGGAGCGUUCCAGCCUAUUUUGCUGAGACUCUGUACUAUUCAAUGAAGGGUGCAGGAACUGAUGAUGACACCCUGAUCAGGGUGAUGGUGACUCGUAGUGAGGUGGACAUGUUGGACAUCAGAUCUGAUUUCAGGAGGUUGUUUGCCCGCUCUCUGCACUCCAUGAUCAAGGGAGAUACCGGUGGCGACUUCCGUAAGGCUUUACUGUUGAUCUGCGGAGGGGAUGAUGCGUAACCGUGUCAACAAGCGCAAUAGGAACCACACCUGAAGUGCCUUUUUUCCUCUGAAGUCUGUUCGCCCACCGAGACGACAGCAACAAGCUAACACAAAGUUCACCAUAACAAAACUUGCUUGUGAGCGAGAGACGGCCCAUCAGGUCCUUUUUUAAACUAUGAUUCCAAUUAAUGUCUUUGAAAGGUAGCUAACAUUUUGUUCACAUGAAUCUACAUUUAAGCAGCUUUCGGUCAACUAAUAUCUUCAAUAUGACUUAGGGCUGGGCGAUAUGGACAAAAUCAAAUUGACCAAAUACCUCGAUAUCGAUAUCAUGACAGUAUUGUAGGACUAUUUGUGUUUCCACAAAAUAUUUACACAGUGAGAUUUUUGAUAAAUAAUCAUCAAUAAUGUGAAUAUAAUGACUAAAUGUUUAAAGGUAAAUAGUAGAACAGCUACAACAGUCUGGUGAGUUCAAAAACAUCAUUUUACUGUAAUAUAGCCUUUAAAACCAGGAGAAGACAAAACUUAUGGCAUAUCACCAUACUACAACAUCCAAAAUCUAAGACGACAUCUAGUCUCAUAUCACGAUAUCGAUAUAAUAUCGAUAUAUUACCUGGCCCUAAUGACUUAUGUGUUAUCAUUCAUUUACAGUAAGAUAUUAGACUACAAUUGUUUUUUGUUUGCACUUUGUACGGCAGAACCAAUAUAUGCAAUAAUAAACAUUUCACUUGAUGAAGUAAACCUUUA